AUGGCAACCACCACAAGCGUCCCUGUGACCAUUCCAAAAGAUGGCUCACUGACCAAGGCCACGAUCAAAGAUAUCAUCGGCACGUUCCUCACCAACGAGUGGCCAAAUAUUGAUCCGGAAAAGCUCAUUGUGACACGCAAUACUGGAUACGCAAACACAAACUGUGUAGUGGAACGACCGAAGCCAAAGGGCGGCGCACAUUCAGAGCCGCUCAAGGUGUUCCUCAAGAUCCACGGCGAACUUGAUGGAGAUAUCGAGGUGUUCAAGCACUUGGUUCCCAAUAAGCUCGAAGAGGCACAACUAUGCCAUGACUACGCCCAAUCAGGUCUUGGUGCGAAGGUGUAUGGUUUCUUCCAGACGCAGGACGGCAGUUUCGGAAGGGUCGAUGAGUUCUUAGAUGCACGCACUUUGGAACGGGCAGAUGUGGAAGACGAAAAUAUUCGAGCUGGGGUUGCUAGAGAAAAUGCUGCUUUUCAUACCAUGUCGACGCAACGGAAGAAGAAUUCCGUUCAGUCAUAUUACGAUACAGUCACCGGAGAGCUUGCGAAAUACCAUAGAAUGGAUAAGCUAAAGAAACUAGCCAACGAAGGGGGCGUUAAUAUGGACCAUCUUGUUGAUUAUGACUUCGUGUCCAGAAUAAGACGAGUCACAGACAAGCUGGAAUCCAUCGGAGGGAAAAAAGGAUGGUGCAUCCAUGAUGUGCAAUUCAUGAAUACGAUGGUGAAGAACAGCCCCAAGCAGGGAGAAAGCAAGAUUGUCCUUGUCGAUUUCGAAUUCGUCUUUCAAAAUUACCGAGCGUUUGACAUCGGUGGGCACUUUUUGCAAAAGAUGUUUCAGUGGUUUGACGAAGAGAGCAAGAUUGCCAACUGCCGACCUUACACGGAAGAAGAGAAGAGGCACUUUUGCGAGGAAUACGCAAAGCAAUGGAAUGAAAAGACUGGGGACUCGGAUACCUGGGAACAGGUUUUUAUGGAAUCUGAGCUGGGGUUCAUGCUGGCUAUCACGUUUGAAAUCCAUAACAUGCUCUGUUUCAUGGAUCAGGACGAUGAUAAGGACCCGUUGAACAUCUUGGGGCUUAACAAGCUGUUUGAAGAGUUUGUCAAUCAGUAUAAAAAGCUUGAACUUGGGAGCUAA